CAAUACAUUAAAUAAGUGUUUUAAAUACUUAGUUUUUACUUUGGAGAACUUUGCAUUUUUCGGUCGGGUUUUAGCGCGAGUCAGCUAUGCCAUGGUUCUGGGCUAACCAUCUACCCAGCGAUGGUAGAUAUCACCCAUCCAUGGGUAAGUGAUCCCGGGAUUCCAGAAUCAUGCCACCCAGCGAUGGGAGAUAUUACCCAGCGAUGGGUAAGCAGCCUUCAGCCCAACUGAUUUCCAGAUCCAUGCCAAACAACGAUGGGAAGUUUUACCCAUCGAUGGGAACCCAGCGAUGGGAGGGCAUACCCAUCGCUGGUCUUGGCGGUUACUUCGGGAAUGGCACAUGCUUGAGCUUAAGGCUCGACCAGAUUGGGUUGAUGUUCUCGGAGUACCCCAACAAGAAGGGAACAUUGAGUGUGGUUAUUAUACCAUGCGAUUUUGUUGGCUCAUUGUCAAUAUGUGUGCACAAUGUUCUGUACCGUUAUCCGAUGUAUUUUAGUCUACUACGCUUUAUACUAGAGCUAACUUCUCAAGUGCAACAAGUGUACUAUGUGAAUGAUCACAUUCACGGGAACUGGCAAGUUGUUGUGAAAACUAAUCCUCGUAGUGUUUGCGAUGAACCUGAAGAAGAUGAAGAAGACACAUUUUUCGUUGCAAUACCUGAGGACACUGGAGAAGCAUAUAUCCCAAUGGAUUCUCAUGGAAUAACUGUUGGAACACGGGUUUACGCCUAUGUCGUACCAAACCAUGUUCGUUAUAUGACAGACCUCCACGCUGCUCACAUUGUUCAGAUUGCAAUAAUGGUGUGGAUCAGUUUGAUCAUCAUUGCCCUUGGGUUGGACAAUGUAUUGGAUUACCCGAGCAUUAGUGUUGCGGUACUGAUAGGGUUGACUUUAUUCCACGUCCUCCGUUGGUUAACAAACAGGGGAAAGCUGCCGCCGGGACCAUUCCCUUUGCCGGUCAUCGGAAACCUCCAUUUGAUAGGAGGGAAAUGGCACCACCAGGGCCUCGCCCGGCUGGCGGAGAAGUAUGGGCCGGUGAUGAAUCUGAAGCUGGGCACCGUGAACACGGUGAUCAUUUCUUCGGCGGAGGUUGCCCGGGAAGCUUUGCAGAAGAAGGACUCGUCCCUCUCCUCCCGCCGCCCCCUCCCAAAUGCCCUCGCCGGCGGCCUCAAUUAUCUCGGCAACUCCGUCGUUUGGCUCCCCGUCUCCCCCAAGUGGAGAGCCCUUCGUAAGCUCGUGCACUCUAACAUCUUUUCGCCCCUCAGUCUCGAUUCUAAUCAGCACCUCAGAGAUAGGAAGAUCCGGGACCUUAUUCUCCAUUGCCAAAUGAAGAGUCAGAAGGAACGGAUGAGAAUCUAUAUCCGUUCCAUCAACUUCCAAUUGUGGUUGGUCAUCAAAAACAGUGAGGAAAUCCCAAUGAAGAAAGUGGGAGAAACCACAGUCCCAAAGACCGAGGACGAGUUUGAUGCUGAGGACAUCAAGAAGGUGGAAAAUUAUGCAAAGGCCAUCAACAUACUAUAUUGUGCGGUUAACCCCGACGACUACCGAAAGAUCUCCUGUUGCACAACCGCCAAGGAGAUGUGGGAGUCAAAGUUUUCGUCAAUUCAAUUUUUCCAGAUUGAACAAAAACAACUCGUUUUCCAUUUGGCAAACCAAACUCACAUGGUGACACGCCCACCACAUCAUGCAAUAACGCAAUAUCACUUGUCAUAUGAUUCGAUGCGCCAGUAUUUAUAAUCCAACGUGGUGAUACGGGAAUACCUGAAAGUUUCGCACUAGAAAGAAAAAGCAUGACAAACAGUAUUUCAUUGUUCCUGAGUUAGAUCAUCAAAAUUGGGCAACAAAGAACCUCUCUCAUGAUUAUCAUUAUAUUCUUUUUAGAGAAAAACACUUUCUUUGGUUGUUCUUCCACCAUGGCAGUAGCAGAAUGACGUACAACAAUGGCGAAGAGAACAACAACGAUGGCGGUCUGCUCGGUACCAGCAACGGUCGGCGAAGAAGCAGCGAAGAUGAUCGACCGAGCAACAGCAGAAGAACAACAGUGGCGGACGGCUCAGUGCCGACCGACCAAGAACAAGAAAAUUUAGGUUUUAGG